ACAGUUGUCGCGGCAGAUGGUUUGUCGAAGCCCCGUAUCUUCAGGACCCCCAACCCCUCUGCUGUGAUAGCUGUAGAUACGGAGCAAACGCAUACAACCAGCACCAUCAAAGGAACUCGUAAUCCGUACUGGAACGAAGGUUUCGACGUGCAAUCGUCUGUCAUCGCCGUGAAAAUAUUUGAUCAGAGGAAAUCUAAGAAGCAGGAUCGAGUGCUCCUCGGAGCCGUCGAUUUCUGCUUGCGGGAUUGGAUCGAUAUCCAUAGCCAAGUGCGAGAAACGCUCACCCUUGACCUUAGGAGGUCAAAUGACGACCGCGCAGUUCAUGGAAAGCUUACAGUCUAUUUGUCCACGGAUAUGAACAUGCCUGUUCCAAAUCUUGAUUCACCUCAGCCAGGUGGAAACCUCUUUGCCGUGUCGGGACACCUUAACCUGUCCACUUCCACAAACACCCUUGGGAAUACCUCUCCGGUUGGUAAUGCCCUCGAGGUUCUGUUCCCGAUCUCGGCAUCGGCACCCAUCUCUCCAGCAGCCUCGACUCUUGAGCACUCCAACUCCUUUCGGAGUCACCCCGCUAGCACGACCACCUCUCCAGCAACUGACCCGGAAAGUAUUCCGUUUCCAGUUCCAAACACGGCUACAGAAGCACCUGCCACUUCCCCGAAUGCUCAAACAACGAACGACGCGCCAGACUUCAGUCCUUGCGAAGGCCAACAUGCCCUGCUUCCCCCUGGGUGGGAACGCCGGGUGGAUCCUCUUGGUCAUGCUUACUACGUCGAUCACAAUACACGAACUACGACAUGGGACAGACCUUCCAACAGCCAGACGGCGAACACCCAAGCGCAGACGACCACUGGAAGUGAGGCUCUUCCCGCUGGAUGGGAAGAAAGGCACACACCUGAAGGUCGCCCUUACUACGUGGAAGAUAACACACAAACCAACACUUUGGUGGAUCCUCGUAGUCAGAUUCAUAUCCAAACACUUGAACGUGAUGUUAGCCCUUUGCCCUCUGGAUGGGAGAUGCGUCUUACGUCUACCGCUCGGGUUUACUUCGUUGAUCAUAAUUCCAAGACGACGAGCUGGGAUGAUCCCCGUUUUCCAUCACCGCUCGAUCAGAACGUACCACAGCACGAGCGUGACUUCCAUCGCAAGCUUAUCUAUUUCCAUUCUCAACCUGCGAUGAGGAACCAGCCAGGUGAUUGCCAAAUUGAGAUUCGGCGAAACUACAUCUUUGAGGAUAGUUACGUAAAUAUCAUGCGUCAGACUCCAAGCGAUUUGAAGAGGCGCUUGAUGAUCACGUUCGACGGCGAAGAUGGUCCUCCUAGGUCAGUUGAAUUCUUUUUCUUGCUCUCUCACGAGAUGUUUAAACCAUUUUACUGUCUGUUCGAGUACUCGGGAGCAGACAACCACACCCUCCAGAUCAGCCCUGCCUCUGGAGUGCACUCCGACCAUCUGAACUAUUUCAAAUUUAUCGGAAGAAUCAUGGGUCUUGCCAUCCUGCACCGUCGAUUCCUGGACGCCAACUUCGUCGCCGGUUUCUACAAGAUGAUUCUGAAAAAGAAGAUUACCCUCGAUGACUUGCAAAGCGUCGAUGGUGAACUGUAUCACCAUAUGACUUGGAUGCUGGAGAAUGAUAUUACGGAUGCUAUCGACGAGACGUUCACCACCAAGGAAGAUCGUUUCGGCGAGAUUUUAACGAUAGAUCUCAAGCCUGGUGGUGCUGAAAUCCAUGUGACGGAGGAGAAUAAGAGAGAAUACGUCGAGACCGUCAUCGAGUAUCGUAUUGUUCGUCGUGUGAAGGAACAGUUCGACGCUUUCAUGUCUGGUUUCAACGAACUGAUCCCUCAAGAACUCAUUAAUGUGUUCGACGAGCGUGAACUUGGGCUUCUCAUCGGAGGCAUAUCGGAUAUCGAUGUUGAUGAUUGGGCGGAGCAUACGGAUUAUCGUGGUUACAAGGCGAACGAUGAAGCCAUUCAGUGGUUCUGGAAAAUUAUUCGAGGCUGGUCGACCGAGCGGAGGUCUUGCUUGCUUCAGUUCGCUACUGGAACAUCGCGUAUACCCAUCAACGGGUUCAAGGCUCUCCGAGGUCCAUGUGGUCCUCAACGGUUCACAGUUGAAAAAGCUGGAGACCCUAGCCAGUUGCCGAUGAGUUACCCCUCUCUCAAUCGUAUCGAUUUGCCCCCUUACAGGGAUUACGGCACCUUGGAGCGUAAGUUGACUCUUGCCGUGGAGGAGACCGUUGGUCCGUGGUCUGUGGUUUCCUUCUUUCUGAAUGAUCCAACGGCCUCUGACACCCUUCACAGGCAAAAAUAA